AUGUCGCUUGCACUGGAGCGAAAUGAGCAGGUGCUGCAGAAAUGCCAGGUGCGGCACGAAGGAUGGCUGGGCACAUUGCACUUGACCACAAAACGGCUGGUCUUUGAUCCCGUCGACUGGCAGCAGAACCAGCUGUUCCACCGCAUCUCCAGCGUGUGCAGCGCAAAGCACCGCGGCAGCCACCUCGCGCUGCGCUUCUUCGACGGCGAUCCCGUGUCUUACGAAGCCGCAGGCCCAGACGACGACCCCGCGCUCGAGACCGUCUUCGAGCGCCUGGAGCAGCUGCGCAAGCUCCAAUACAACAGGACCGACCCAAAGUCCAAACUCGAGCAGCGCCUCGCCACUUCAAACUCCGCCCUCGCAGCGUAUCUCCGCUCCUCGGAGCGCUACCAGCGCCCAGACGCAAUGGCCGCUACGCACGACCGCCACAACCCCCAGCAGCAACACCAGCAACAGCAGCAGCGCGGUCAUGACACAAGCAGAUCCUCGUUGAAGGAGCCGUUUGCGACCCGGCCCCAGAGCCGAGAUGGUCGUGAUGACGGUGACGGCCAACACCGCCAUCUUCGCCGGCAAGACUCCGCUCAGCGCCGUCGUCGCUCCACCCCAUCCUCCACGUCCUCUGCUUCGCCUGCUGCGCAGCUGGCCGCAUUGCUCACCAGCGGCCAGCACAGCCAAAACCUCAACCCAUUCGCUGACCCGUAUGAAGAGGCUGAGCAGCAGCAGCAACAACAACAACAACAACAACAACACCACCAGCACCAGCAGCUGGUAGAGGAGCCCAUGGCGAUGAUGAGGGCCGAUGACAUGGACAGAACCGCGUCCUUCGCCAGCUCAACCGCCUCUGGCGGCAUGAUAUCGUGGGACACUCUCUUUGAAGGCGCCGAACACUCGUCUCACCACCACACACGCCGGCAGCACGGCACGGACAACGGGGUCCACCGAGAUGCUCGCACAUCCGCACCCUAUGGGGACAGGCAGCGCCAACGAGGCCACAGGCACGCUGACGAGGAUGGAGAUGACGAUGACAACGACACCUUGUACGCUGGUCGUGGCCCGUACCGCCACAGGAACAGUGCACAAGGAGAGAGCUAUGAACAGCUCCACGGGGACGAUGAAACGGACGACGACAGUGAAGUGCCGUACGCUGGGCGGGCGCACGCUGAUUCGCAGCGCAGUCGCGGGUACAGCACGGACGGAUCUGUGGGGCAGGCCAUCACCACGGAGCAGGAUGCACGCGAUGCCAUUGCAAACAUGGAGGUGCGCGGCCCACAGAGCGAAGAAGAAACAGCGACCGGUAUUCCGCUCAACGCAAGGGUGACGGUGAAAGGGCGGGCUGGGGUGCUGCGCUACUGCGGUCUUGUCCACUUUGAGGCCGGCGAGUGGGCGGGCAUUGAGCUUGAUGAGGCCAUUGGUGCCCACGACGGCGUCAUGAGCGGGGUGCGCUACUUUCGGUGCCCGGAGAACAGGGGCGUGUUCGUGCCCACGUCCAAAGUGGAGCGCGCACGUAUGUUGACAUACUCGCAGCACUAUGCGCUCGGAGACCCCAUGAUUCUCCCGCGACCCGAGUGGCAGGAGGAUCUGCACUUGCUGCACUUGCCCAUGAUGCAAUGCUUGAGCGACACUGUUUUGCUUGCAUGCAACCAUCGGAGCAACCAUGCAGGCUGGCAGCCAUGCAUUUUGCUCAUGUAA